CUCUGGUGUGGACUCAAUCAACUCCGCCGCCCGCCGCCGCCGCCGCCGCGUCAACCUUGAACUUAUCGCUGUCCCAAGGCUAUCCGAGGGGCGGAUUUUCGCUUCUGCCUCGCUUUUCCUGCCAGCCCAAUCUGCCAGCUCUGGCUCUUGUUAAGCCCGCUGCUCAGUGUCGCUUUCUGUUAAUUGUGUAUUUCUAGCCUUCUCUCAUGUCGUCGGCGUUACCCCGCUUGUGAUCCUCGUCUUUCCCGAUCUUCCUCACUCAACCCUUCGAAGGUCCACGUUGACCGUUACCCGAUCAAGGCUCUCACUAACGCAAUUUCCGCUCUUCUCCUGGAUGGUCGAUUCAUAGACAAGCACUCCUUCGCUAGUUUAACCAGCCUUCAUAUUCCCCUGGUUUUAUAGCUCGCCACUGCGACGGCAUCUCGCGCAUUCUCUGCCUCUUGUUAGACCCGCCAUAUACCGAUAUUUGGGUAGCCGUCGCUGGUUUAACCACUCAUGGAGAGCGUUCGCCAGUCCUGCCGACCAAAACACCAGGUCCUGGUGUUGAAGUGCUAUCCCCAAUAUCAAAAAGGAGUGCAGGAGGUCAAACCCAAUCCUAGUGAACUGUCGUAUCUGCUCUACUAUGCUAGCACUCGCCGCAGCAAGCUGACUAAGGUCGGCGCUUUCCUGGAGAAACGAGCCGCUCGCGAUGUCUGGCGUCGCAAAACAGGCAAUGUGCAGGUCACGCUUCAAAUUCUUACUGCUCUUAUCGAGAAAGUCCCCAGAGACCUCCCUAUUUACGCCCGAUCCGUUCUAACCAUCCUCGAAACCGUCCUGCGCUCUCAUGACAUCACAAUAGUUGAGGACUCCAUCACUACUUUUGAAACCUUCUGCAGCCACCAGGACGCGGCAGCCCUGGCCGCCGAACCCGAUUUUGCAACGCAAUAUCGCGAGGUGGUGCGCACAUAUGCAAGCUUUGCGGAGAUUGAGGCGUCUUCUCAGGCCAACGCACUCGCUCCGAGCGUACCCAUGGCCCUACGGUGGAGGAAUGCGGGAUUACGCGCGAUCAAGGGCGUAGUUGGCUCCGAGACAGGCUUGGCUGUGGAUGGCGGCGAAUCGCUACGGAUUACGUUACCUAUCGUCCUCGAAAACCUUUGCAAAGGAGAUGAAGACUUGGUGUCCUCGCUUGAACACCUGCUUCAGGAGUCGGAGAAGGCGGACACCGAGCUCGCUCACAAACGGCGCGUCAGCACCGCAACCGUGCAGACAGUCGACACAGCCAACGGCGAUCCGGUGCUGGCAUCGCAAUCUGCAGCCGAUGCAGACAGAAAGGUGGAGUUGGAUGUGCGAGUCCUCGCACUCCGCUGCCUCGAGCGGAUCGUCGUUAGCGGCAGCAGUCGCGGCCAGAUUCGGGUCACUACACAGCUUGCGCUCGAGUUUAUUCUUCGGAAGAUCCCGACCGGCGACACGAGCUUCACAUUGGAGACCCAGGAGAACUGGGCCACCUCGUUGAUGGAAUUCAUUGCCAAAUGGUGUCCUGUCCAAGUCCGUUUUAUCAUCCCAGUGACUAUGAUGCAGAUGUUGCUAGACAUGAAGCUUAACGAUGAAACGCUGGACGAGCCUUUCAUUGUGAUCUUCAUGAUUGACUGGCUGCUCAAAUCGCCGGUCAAUAUGAUCGGUCUUAGCGUGAUUGAUAUUCUGUUGGGUCUUCUUCAACACAUGUCAUACCUGCUAUCUUCUCCGGGGGGUGAGAAAGUGGCGGAACCGUCCGCUAAAAGGAGGGAGCAGCUCUCCCUUCUUCAAAAGUGCAUUGGAGACCUCACUACUCAUAUCUACUACGGCGACCAGGUUGUCGACAUGAUCAGAGCAAUUUUGACUCGCGUCAAACCUUCAACAUUCCAUGACCAGCCGUCAAAACCGUCCCAGACGGAUUCCCCCGGGGCACGCUCCCAGGCGCCUAGUGUCUCUGAUAGCAACUCUGUUGCUUUCUCAUCAGACUAUGCCAAAAUUACGGCUUCCAGGGCUAUUAAAAACAUUCUACUGGUGGCGAAUUCCAAGAAGGCCGCGAUCGCAGCCGGUGCCGAGACAAGGAACAAGGUGGGUAUUCAUGUUUGGGAGGGGACACAAUGGUUGUUGCAAGAGUCUCAGAAUGAGGUUCGUUAUGCGUACGCAGACGCGUUUCUGACUUGGCUGAAACUGGAAACCAAUCAGCAAGAUCUGCUGGUCAACGACAACUCCAGCAAGACCCACACUCUGAGACGAGAGAUGUCUGAUAUCGAGAAACCUGGCAAACGGACCGCUUCUAUGGGCGUGAGUCAGAGAGAGAAGGCGCUGUUGGUAGCCGAACACAACUUCCUUCGGCUGCUACAUUUAACCAUCUAUGACAUCGCGCAUGAGUGUUUUGCUCAAAUUCCUGAGGUGCGGCUAUUGCAUCUUCUGCUGGCGAGUCUUGUUGACAGCCUAGGAGUGAACGCAGUUCGUUUCGGUCUUCCUAUGGUUUUGAAGCUCCAAGAGGAUGUGGAAACUGUUGAGUCGCUGCAGCCAGCUGCUGCAAAGGUGAACAUUGGGAGCCUAGUGUAUGGCUAUUUGUGGGCUGUAUCGGAGAAAUUCAAUCUGGAGUCCACCGCAGUGGGCAGGGACAUACAGAACGAGAUAAUCAAGAGGCAAAAGCUUGGGCUCUGGGUUGAUCACAUUCGUCUACCUCCAGCAAGUCUGGAGAAUAUAUUACAAAGCAAUGACGGUGCCGGCAACUACGCCGGGGAUGAAAGUCAACUCACACCUUUCGAAGGUGUCGAGGAGCUUGUUCGAUGUAUCGAGGACUCGUACAACUUCUCGCUGCAGAAUGCGACCAGCAGCCCCCCUUCAUCUCCAAUCCGUUCCUUGACCGUACCGGCGCUAGGACAAGCACCAGGCUCGUCAAGCCCAUUGCCGAAUCAGCUUCUUCCUUCUAUAGUCCGCGAGCAGAUCUUGUCUGCUUGGACUCGCGAAUCGUGCCUGGCCGCUGCAGAGCGAGAGAAGGCCGAAAGUAUGUCCAUCAAUGGAUCGAGAGCCGGCACCUUGGCGAUCCGCAACCAUUUUAAUGCGAACCCGACGGAGGGCAGCUCUCAUUCUACCACAUCCCCUAAAUCCGCCCAACAAGCUGCAGCUGGUCUGCACAAUUCUCGCCGGAUGAGCGUGCCGGAGUCAGCUCGAGUCCGGGUUCCCAGCUCUAGCCGGGAUUCUCCUGUCCAUGUCAAUGAAUUGAGACGCGUGCUAUCUAUCAACGAUCAAGAGAAGCUCCGGCGCCUCAGCCCACUUCGAGGUCGACUUGAUGCUUCGAACCGCAGCGUUGUCUCAUCAAGCAGCGAAAGCAUGGUGAGCGGCUACUCUUUGUCGGAAUUCGACGGAGACGGCAUCUCAGUGCGUCAUCAAUCCCGAGACGGCUUGGACGGCAACAACAUGGUGACUCCCAAGGCUUCAACCUCUUCCUUCUCGGGAUCUCAGAUGUAUUACAUGGCUCACGAGGAUAUCCCUCCUGUUCCUCCGAUCCCUCCUUCUCUGUCCGCUACCGGAAACCUCGCGAGCGAGUCGCAACGCUCGUUGGCUUCUGAUCGACCUUCAACUGCUCCGGGCCUCCGUGGACAGGCACUUGUGAACGGGAAGGCUGCCGCGUCCGCCGCGCCUCACCAGAGCAGGUCCCUCAGCAAGCACAAGAGUCGAUCGAGCACGGGUCUUGCAGCGCAAGCUGCUGAUGCUUCAGACUCUGAUGCGCGACGCGAGGUGACCAAACUUCUCGAAGGCUUUCUUUCGCCGGCUCAUGCUGAACGGCCGGGGGGCGCAAGGUCCCGUGGAGGCUUGGGUCGACGGGGGAUCAGUGGAGGAAUCGGACGUCCACCAUACUAGUAUGACGUCGAACCAGUCUUUUGUGUCAAUCCUUCCCAUUAUGUUUGUUUUCUUGUGCGGGGCUUGAAUAUACCAACCUACCUGUUACUCUCAUUGUCCAAUCUCUUAUGUUGCAUUUGAUGUAUAGAGGUAUACUAACUAGUACGAUAAUUGAUCCGU